AAUAAAAAAAAAAAUAAAAAUAAAAACACAUCUUCAUGGCUCCAAAACAAAAAGCGACCGAGGUAGGAGGCAAUUCCAAUGCAGGAGGGAAAUCAGGCAACCAUUCUAAUGAUCACAAAGGAAACUCUGAGAGAGGUCAGGGACACGCUAACGGGAACUUGGCUGCCGAGCGUGGAGGUUCUGGAAGCUCAGGCCUAGGAGGAAGCGACCGUCCAGCAUCGACAGCUGGAGGUAUAAGCGGAGACAAGGAGAAAAAUCCCAGCAGUGGAAGCGGAGCGAGCGUAAAACGGAGAGCAGAAGCACCCCUUAUCACUGUCGAGUUUGCAGACAUGGAUAUUGCAGCACUACGUCGGUACUGUAGAUUGAAUAAACUAAAACCAAAAUCGAAAUCGCGCGAUGAUCUUGCAGCUGCAGCAACUAAGCAUUGGAACACUAUAACCGCCAAGGAAGUUGACAGCGUUGCCUAUUUUCUCUUCGCUGUGAAGCAUCGUCAUAACACCCUAAAAUUGACUAUGCCUUUGCCAUGACAUGGUCGCUAUAUCGGCCAUGUCACGCAGUUUUCGCAAGGCCAGACAACCCACUGUAUCUCCAAAGUGGUUGUUCAAGAUAUGUAGCUGCUUUUAAUAACCUUGAUUACUUUUUCAAUUAGCACCUUAAAAACUUAAUUUUACAAUCGACUAAAAAACCGAAUCUUCACCUUUGUGAAAGUAGUCCUGAUUACAGAAGAAUAUCAUUAAGACAUGUUUUAGAACGCCACCAAUACAGUCUACACUACAGCUUUUCGACGCUCUGGCUGCUGUCUGGACUAUCCUCAUCUUUUUAAACAACCUGUUUCUUUCCUCACAAAUCAAACAGAAGACAUGUCCCAAUAAACAAUACAG